AUGGCGGCUCAAACUGCAGAAAAGGUGCAGGAGAUACGAGAGGUGACUAGGAUUGAGCGUAUUGGUGCCCAUUCCCAUAUACGGGGUCUAGGUCUCGAUGAUGCUCUUGAGGCAAGACAGGUUUCUCAAGGCAUGGUUGGCCAGCUUAAGGCCAGGAAAGCUGCCGGUGUCAUUCUGGAGAUUAUAAAGGAUGGAAAGAUUGCCAGUCGAGGCAUUCUUAUCGCAGGUCAACCAGGUACUGGAAAAACAGCGAUAGCAAUGGGAAUGGCACAGGCUCUGGGCACAGACACUCCUUUCACAAGUAUUGCAGGAAGUGAAAUCUUUUCUCUGGAGAUGAGCAAGACAGAAGCCCUAACACAAGCUUUCAGAAAAUCCAUCGGAGUCAGAAUAAAGGAGGAGACAGAGAUAAUUGAGGGAGAAAUCGUGGAGGUUCAGAUUGACAGACCUGCCACUGGAACUGGUGCCAAAGUUGGGAAGCUCACUUUGAAAACCACAGAAAUGGAGACAAUUUAUCAGCUUGGGCAAAAGAUGAUUGAAUCUCUGACCAAGGAGAAAGCACAGGCAGGAGAUAUCGUUACAAUUGACAAAGCCACAGGGAAGAUUACCAAACUGGGUCGUUCAUUUACAAGGGCCAGAGAUUAUGAUGCAAUGGGAGCACAGACCAAGUUCGUACAGUGUCCUGAAGGAGAACUCCAGAAGAGGAAGGAAGUGGUACACACCGUCACGUUACACGAGAUUGACGUCAUCAACAGUCGAACCCAGGGUUUUUUGGCCCUCUUCUCGGGGGACACGGGAGAGAUCAAGUCGGAGGUCAGAGAACAGAUCAAUGCGAAAGUAGCAGAAUGGAGAGAAGAGGGAAAGGCAGAAAUUGUACCUGGGGUGCUAUUCAUUGAUGAGGUUCACAUGUUGGACAUUGAGUGCUUCUCUUUCCUCAACCGAGCUCUGGAGUCAGACAUGGCACCCAUCUUGAUCAUGGCCACAAACCGUGGCAUUACCAGAAUUCGCGGCACUCAUUACACAAGUCCUCAUGGGAUCCCCCUGGAUCUGCUGGACAGACUGGUCAUCAUUUCCACAGUCCCUUACGAUGAGAAGGAGAUCAAACAGAUCUUGAAGAUCAGGUGUGAAGAAGAAGAUGUGGAGAUGAGCGACGAUGCCCUGACCGUGCUGACCCGUAUCGGUAUGGAAACCAGUCUCAGAUAUGCCAUCCAACUGAUUACAGCUGCCAACUUGGUCUGUAGGAAACGCAAGGGAACCGAAGUUGAUGUCGAUGACAUCAAAAGGGUGUACUCCUUGUUUUUGGAUGAGUCCCGGUCAACCCAGUUCCUGAAGGAAUACCAGCAGGAGUUUAUGUUCAAUGAAAUGAAUGAAGAAAUGGAGACAAGUUGA